CCAUCGGAACCAAGCAACUCAACACAUUCUUCUCUCUUGCUUCUCUUUCAUUUCCUACUCUUCUCGUUCUCUAUAUUCUCCUUUCCAUUUCGUAUUCGUAACGUAAAUAAGCACUUUUUUCUCUGUUAAUUACAAUCGCUUAAUCUUUAAGCUAUUUCGCGUUUUCUUGUUCUCUAUUGUCUGUUGUGAAGCAGGUUUGAAUGGUCUAAUGGAAUCCAAAGCUAGUAAGAAGAAAUCCAGUAGUAGUAAUUCAUUGUUCUACGAAGCUCCUCUUGGCUACACUAUUGAAUACGUUCGUCCAAACGGUGGAAUCAAGAAGUUCCGAUCAGCUGCUUACUCCAACUUCUCUAGGAAGCCAUCCUGAAAUUGAUCUCUACUUUGCGUGGAACCGAUUAUUUAGUUGCUUUUAUUUUCGUUAGGCUUAUCAUAAUUCAGUAUUCUACUUCAAUUGUGCUUUCUCUGUUCUCUGUUUUCGGGUUGUGGUGGUGUUAAUAUGGCCAUGGAAGUUUCUGCAAUCGGUUUUGAAGGGUUUGAAAAGAGGCUAGAGAUAUCAUUUUUCGAGCCGGGAAUAUUUGUGGACCCUGAAGGUAAGGGUCUUAGGUCGUUAACAAAGUCGCAGAUAGAUGAGAUUCUGGGACCUGCAGAAUGCACUAUUGUUUCUUCACUAUCAAAUGAAAAGGUAGACUCUUAUGUUCUCUCUGAGUCCAGCCUUUUUGUUUAUCCAUACAAGAUCAUAAUCAAAACCUGUGGUACUACCAAAUUGCUGCUUUCGAUCCCACCUAUGUUGAAAUUAUCCGAGACGCUUUCCCUCGGGGUUAGAUCGGUAAGAUACACCCGUGGAAGUUUCACUUUUCCAUGUGCUCAGUCUUUUCCACAUCGCAGCUUCUCCGAGGAAGUUGCAGUCCUUGAUAGCUAUUUCGGGAAGCUUGGAUCAGGAAGCAUGGCUUAUGUUAUGGGUGGUUCAGACAGCUCACAGAAAUGGCAUGUUUACUCUGCUGCUGUUUCAGAGUCUGUGAGCUUAAUUGAUUCUGUUUAUACUCUCGAGAUGUGCAUGAUCGGUUUAGACCGAGAGAAAGCAUCGGUUUUCUACAAAGAACAAUUUAGUUCAGCAGUCCUGAUGACUGCAAAUUCUGGUAUUAGAAACAUUCUUCCAGAUUCACAAAUAUGUGAUUUUGAUUUUGAACCGUGUGGAUAUUCAAUGAAUUCUGUAGAAGGAGCUGCUGUUUCUACAAUUCAUGUUACUCCGGAAGAUGGCUUCAGUUACGCCAGCUUUGAGACAUGCGGGUAUAAUUUGGACCUGAUGAAUCUGAAUCAAUUGGUUGAGAGAGUGUUGACAUGCUUCCAGCCCAAUGAAUUUCUGAUAGCUGUGCACGUUGACGUUGAAAGCAAUUCAUUUGCGGAGAACUGUUUGGCGAAUGUUAAAGGAUACUCACGCGAAGAGAGGUUUUACCAAGAACUUGGAAGAGGUGGCUGUGUUCUCUUCCAGAAAUUUACGAAGAUUUCUCGUUGCGGUUCACCUGUUUCAACUCUGAAAUGCUGGAAAGACGAAGGGGGAGAGUAGUAUAUCAAUUUAGUGUCUUUCAUGUUUUUUUGUGUGUGUUUUUAAGUAAAAUACUUUUCUGGCCUUUUUUUAUGGUACUUGGAUGACUUGAGGUACCAUUGUCGUUGGUUGUUGAUUUGAAUAAUUAUGCAUGAUGUUUGAGUACAUCUUUUAGACUUGUUUUUCUCACUAUUCAUAUAACAGUACUUGUAUGUA